AUGCAGCCAGGCGUCGCUGCGGCCAUCCGCGCCACAUCCGAGGCCACACUCGAGGACAAGAGCAAGGGGGACCUCUUUUCCAAGGGGAUUGCACUCUGCCAGGGCCUCUGGUUUAUUCUGCAGUGCAUCGCGCGCCGAGUCCAACGACUCCCGCUCACCGAAAUAGAAGUUGCAACGCUUGCCUUUGCGACAAUAAACGCGCUCACGUGGCUUCUGUGGCUCAGGAAACCACUUGAUGUGCAAUGGGACACCUAG